AUGCCCAACAAAGUAUUUGCCCUCGCGAUCCCUACGAUCUUAUCAAACCACGCCGUGCAUACAAGAGCGGCUUGGUGGCAAGAUCACGAGAAUUCCAGCCUCGGUAAUGCAUGUUGUGUGGGUGAAAAUGAAUGUGGAGGUGGCAUGCAUGGAAUAGAACUUCUGUUUGGGUACGGUGUACGGACUCCCGAGUUAUACCUGGGGAAUGACCGAGGAAAGACUCCAAACUCAGUUCAUUUUUACGGUAAAUGGGAGCAUCAUAGUUACAUGUGA